AUGCCAUCAGUUUCUAGGUCAGAUUCACCGCCGUCGAGUCCAAGGAGCCCACCACGUAAGAAAACAAGAUUCUCUUUAAAGCUCAAAAGCAAAAAGAAAGCUUCGAGUGCAAGCGAUCCUGAAAAGAGAGAGAAGUUGUAUCCUAUCUUCAGCCCUCCAACAGCCCAAAAUGCGAGUGACGAUGAGACAUUUGAGCCCCCAAAGCCACCACCACCUUAUGCAGGAUUAAGGAAUCAUGGAAAUAUUUGCUACGCAAACGCUGUUGUGCAAGUUUUGCGGCAUUGCCCGGGAAUAUUAAAGUCUGUUGAUGAACUCGAUUCACUUGUCAAAGACAAUAAUUAUUGUGCGACAGAGGGGAAAUCAUUCGACACGAGAACAGACGGGAAAGAAAACGUAAGUAGGGGAGCUUAGGUUCAGUGUUGCAUAACAAGAUUAGGUUUAUUUGCGAUGGAAAGUGAAGUUUGAGUGCGUAAGGGGACGUGGGAGUAAUUCAAUACAUUUUUCAUACAUGUUUACUCUGCGAGACAAAUCUCCAUCCUCUUCCCUCUAAGUUUCCGUAAAGGGUAGAUAUCCCACAAGAUACACCACAAUUAUGGAUGGGAGGGUGGGGUGGUGGUGUGUAGUGGUCUCAUUGUGGGGGUGAGGGGGCACUUAGCAGAAGCUUGUGUGAGGAGGUGGACAAUUUGUAGACUUGCCACAAGUUGACCUCUCAUUAGCUCUUAAAAGCAAGCUCCAAUGAGGUCGCACAGUGACUGAGCAAGUUGUGAGGUCAACUUGUUUUGCCUGAAUGGAUUUGAAUCACACUAUAAAUUAAUGCGGGAAAAAUUACUGGCAUAUGCUUUCUCGGGAGUGGCAUCAAAUAUCACUCACUCUCCUAUUGGUUAAUUGUCAUAAUGUCAUGGUGGAAAUUUUGACCAGUGAAUUUCACGCCAAACAGGUAUGAAAAGAACUUUAAAAUGGCAUAACCAGCCAGGAAAAAAAAUAAUAAAGGACUUUUAGAAAGUCUAGGCAAUUUGGCUUUUUAUCAGAAUUAACCUUACACCAUGGUGAAUGCAUAUUGUGCCAAUGGUAAUAUUUUAUUGUUAUUGCUGUUAACACCAUUAACAUUAUCAUUGUCAUCAUUGGUAUUUCUUCAACUGCUGACACAUUUUGUCUAAUUGUGUGUGAAAUGCUAGCAUAUCUGCAGCUUAUCUACUUUUUUUUGUCUACUUUCACACUUCUGUUUUUUGUUCCAUUAAUGUACAUAGCUUAAUACAUGUAGAGUGGUUUAAACUAGGAUCUAACACCAAUGAUGCUGUAAUUUUGUAUUUAUUUUUACCAGGGUUCAGAGGAUUUGGAAAAUUGUUGUGAUCAAAAACAUGUUGUUUGUGAACUAAGAGAGGUAAGGAAAAAUAACACUUAUUACCACUAGUAAUGGUAAGCAGUCACAGGAUUAGCCUUAUUUUAUUGAUUCCCACUCAAACUCAAGGGAGGAAUAUUUGCAAAAGUGGGAUUGAACCAGAUCAGAUCAAUCUUUUUAAUGCGCCUAUCUGUAACCGUUCGUCCCUAACCUUAUUCCUAAUCUUCUGUCUUACUACGUGUAUCAUUGUUUUCUGUCACAUUUUUUUAAAAUUUUACAAACUGCCUUGAAUUGCCUUUGGUACUUGCGGAUUUUUGUGUACGAAAUUUGUUUUUGAGAUAAAAAAAGAGUUGGAGUUUUUUUUGUAGUGACAAAAGUUUAAGGAAUUACAGGGAGUGUAUCUGAUCUGGUCAGAUCCAGGUUUUGUUGACGCCUUGUAAGGGAGUUUGAGUAAGUAACCUAUCUACAUGUGGCUUUUGGAGCAAAUUUUAAUUUCAGUGGUGAGUAUUAGCCUAUUUUUGACUUGAAUGUAUCACUAACAUACUAAAACAGUGCAUUAUUUUGCUUCUAGCUUUUCAGACAGAUGGAAGAGCUUGAACAGGACUACAAUGACAAUAAAGAGAACUGUGAGCAUCUUGUUCAAAGGAGAAACUCUUUAGUUCUUGCUGCAAAACCUUUGGAUUUCAUGCAAACCUUCAGGUGGGUGCUAAUACAUGUUUACUUAAUACAGUUACAAUAAAGUUAACGUUGAUACAGUUACAAAGUAACACCAUUAUACUUAGGCUAUCCCCCUUUUUUCUUUGUUUGGCGUCAACUGCAUUUCCUGAUUUUGGGCCGGUCGGUCGGAAUGGAAAAAAAAACCUAAAAACAAAAAUCACAAGAAGUCUAGGAAUAGGAGGCCCUGGUACCCCAGCAUGAAGUGAAAAGUUAACAUUUACAUAUUUGGAUUAAUGAAAUGCACAAUAUAAGGUAAAAAAAGUUCCUGUUUUUGUACCUGUUUUUCUCUAUGCUGUUACUAUGCUCAUUUUUCAGACUAAAAGAAUUAUUUCAAGUGGGAAAUGGUCUUACUAUGUCGUUACUUUUUUUGUGUGUGUGAAAAUGCCAAAAAUUUGGGUCGGUCAGACAACGCUAAACAGAGAAAAAAAAGAGAGAGGAUGGCCUUACAUGUAACUGACACAGCACAAACAUGCCAAUAAUAGUGGUGUUGACUAUCAGCUGAUUUUUGUUUGACACCUCCUUUAAUCGCACAGUCACACGGAUAUUGUCUCAUCAAACACAUUAAAAAGUUGCCGUAAAGAUUUUAAAAAUUCUCCUUUCUUUUACACAUAGGGGUAAAAACCCAUUGUUUGAAGACAAUCUCCAACAUGAUGCACAAGAAUUCCUGUGCAGUUUGCUAGUAGAUCUUCAAGACACAGAAACAGAAAUAAAAAAGAAGAGAGAAGGUCCACGAAAAAUGUGCAUUGGUGAUAGGCACGUGAAAAGUUCUCCUUCUGCGAACUCCUUCACCAACAACACAAACCAAUGCCAUAGUAGUUUUGAAGAUUUAUUUCAAGGAUGUCUUCUACACCAGACCAAGUGUAUGACUUGUGAAGAUGCAAAAAAACGUUUUGAGAGCUUUCUAGACAUCAGUGUGCCAGUUCAAGAUGAGCCUAAAGUGCGCAAUCUGAAGGCUUUCUCACCAACACCCAAGAAAAGCCGAGACACACAGAGCUUAGCUUGGGCCCUGUCACAGUUUGCAACAGUAGAACAUUUGAGUGGAGACAACAAGUAUUUCUGUGAAAACUGCCUUACUCUUACUGAAGCUGAGAUUUCAACAAGCUUUGAUAAGCUGCCAAGAAUACUCACAAUCCACCUCAAGAGGUUUACUGCAAACGCGCUUUCAGGGUAAGGAUUUUGUGCACCCUUUUCUUUCCUGAGGUCAAAAAAGAAGGACCUUUCUUGUACCCUCUCAAGUCUUUUUUUAGAGAGAAGUUGUGCAAAUGUAUAGAUCUUAUGAUCAUGUUCCCAAUUCUCAUAACCUGCCUGCAGAGGUUGAUUUUAAUCAAUUACACAUUUAUCAGAAAUUAAAGAGGGUGAUAGUAAUGAUUGCUUCUGGGACUUAGAGAACAGCAUUUAAUAGAAUUUGCACAUCAGCUGGAGAAUAGAGGUUGCAAGAAGUUACCCCUCACCUUUUAUGCUCUACUCUCCUUUUUGCACCAUCCUUACCAUACAUACACCUGGAACAAGCCCAAAAAUUGGAGGGUUUAAUUUGCAGGUGCACAGGUGUGACUGACUUAAAUGUCAUGAAACUCAAACCGUCAUGCUAACACCAUCAGUCAUACCUGUAGCUGUACCGGAAAGCCCAGAAAGGCAUUUACCUUACCUCCCACUAGUUCCCAGUAGUUUAGUGGUAGAGCAUUUGGAAUAGUAAACAAAAGGUCGUAGGUUCGACUCCUAUUGCUAGCACUCAGGUUUUUUCUUCUGAACCACUUACAUCUCUGACUGAUUAACAUUUUUCUCAUGGAUUCACAUGAGUAUAAGUAGUUACCUGUUUCUUGUCCUUCCAUUGACCAAUGGUGCAAUACAUUAAUAACUUUACCCUGAUCAAUGAUCCUCUUGGAGACAAAUCAGUAUAAUCAUUGAGAGAUUAGUAAGGGGAAACUUGAAUAAUGUGUAUAUUUUAAAUUGGCAGAUUUUCUGGAAUGGUCUCCAAGAUCACUUCAAAUCUUGAGACACCAAUGGAGCUGUCAGUCAAGGAAUGGUGUUCAAAGACUUGUUCGAUCGCCAAUCCAACGUAUCAUUUAUUUGGUAUUGUGAUGCACAGUGGUAUGACCUCAUGUAGUGGACAUUACCAGGCUUACGUUAAGGUAACCACACCCACAAACGCCGAUGUAAAUAACAACAAAGGGCAGCCCAUCCAUCCUGACAACAAGCACCAUGUUAACGAUGGACAUGUACAUAGAAACAUGGUAUCUUCUGGGGAGUUUGACUGGAGUCAGAUGCCUGCAAGUGAAGUCAAUAGAACUUCAGAUGGUUGUGACACUUUGGCUAGUGACAGCAAAUUAUUGGAAAACAUGGAAAUGACAAAUCCUGAAAAUGAUAUCAACGCUUUGCAGAGUCCUGUAGGGAAAGGUACAACAACAUGUAUGUCUGGGAUCUCAAGAUACUUUCAGAGAUCAAGAAAGCACUCUGUAAAAGAAACCAAUGAACAGCUGGAACAAAAUGGUGAUUUACCAACAGCUGGCAAGAAACAAACACAUCAUAUUACACCAACCCACAGCUUGAAGAAAAUCCAGAGUUUUGGGUAUCGAGGUGAAAAAUCCAACAGAAGAGCAAUUCGGCAGCUAAACUUUCAAGAGAAUAGACAAGAUAAUAAGUUUCAGAACACUGUUACCAUUAAGGAAUCAUCAAAUUCCGUUGAACAGAGUUUACAAUUUGAGAAAUCUCAAUGGAUUCACUUUGAUGAUGCUGAAGUCGUGAUAUUGGAGGAAUCAGAUUUAACAGCAAUGCUGUCUUCAGCUGAGUCAUCGUUCACUUCACCAUACUUGCUAUUUUACAAAUUAGCUGAACAGUAA